AUGAGUAAGAAAGCCACCAUUCCCGACGCCUGGGAUGACGACUGGGAAUCCCAAGCCGAUAAAGCCGACCCAGCAGCCGAGAGCACAAACGCCAAAGGACCCGAAGCAGCAGCAGAUGGAGGAGUCAAGCUCACGAAAGCCGAGCGUCUGGCCCAGCACAAGGAGAACCAGAAGAAGAUCUGGGAGAAUGCCCAAGAGCCCGAGACGCCCUACUUCCUCAGCACGCGCGCUCCGGUGCCCCUGACGCAGGAGUUCAAGCCCGCGCUGAAACUGCUCUCGCGCAAGCCGACGCCGAAUAUGGUCCAGAAGAUUGAUCCGCUGACCGGGUUAGCGACAAUGACGCUGGAGGAUGAGGAGGAGGAGGAGGAGGUUAUAAAGAAGGAUUUGCCAACGGCAGAGGAGCUGAGGGCACAGAGGGAGGAGAAGCAGAGGCGGUAUAAUGAGGCGCGGGCGAGGAUCCUGGGUCCCGCUGGGGGCUCGAUGUCGGGGUCAGGGACGCCGCCUGAGGGAAGAAGUGGAGAUUGUAAGGCCGUCUUCGAGUCAAUCCGUGAGCAAGGAUUUGUACGAUCCGAACUACACGCCGAAGCCGACUACGAUACAGCAGCGCACCGGAUCUGGAAGGAGCACGCCCAAGGACGACGAUCAAAUUAUACGUGCACCACGAGGACCGGACAGCAAUAG